GUCCUGCAGUCUCUCCUCUCCUCACACUCCACCUCUGGUCAUCUCUCUGCUGGACAGUAAGAGGCGUUCACACCACACUCUGACAACAUGCUGGGGACACUCUGCACUCUCAUCACUGCUCUGGCGUAUGUCAGCUGUCAUAAAGCGGUUACCCAGACACCAUCAUCUCUUACUGUGAAAAAGAAUGAGAAAGCAACCCUUCACUGUAACGUUGAGAAAGAUGAAAACAAAUAUGUGUAUUGGUAUAAACAGAUUCCACUUGAAACUCCCCAGUAUGUCUUAAGGUUCUACCACUCUCAUGGUUCUCCUGAUCAAUAUGGAACUGGUUUCUCAUCUGACCAUGUCACCUCCAAAGCCUCAUCCAGCAAAGACUAUCAGUUACUAAUCAGCAAUGUCGAGGUGGGAGACUCAGCCACAUAUUACUGUGCUACAUGGGACGACACUGCUAAGGAGUGGGUGUUCGGACAAGGCACCAAGUUGUUUGUCACCGACUCGGUGCUGCCUGCUGCGUCUCUGACUCUCUUUCCUCCCUCCAGCGAGGAGCUACGGGCAGACAGAGUGUCAGUGGUAUGUGUGGCAGAGGACAUGCCCACGGGCUGGGCUGAGGUCAGCUGGGCCGUCAGUGGGAACCCGGUCAGCACCGGCGUCAGCACCGGCUCCCCUCAGCAGCAGCCCGACAAGAAGUUCCGGCUCAGCAGCUUUCUGACCAUCCAGACGUCUGAGUGGACCAGCGGCAAGGACGUGUCCUGUCAGGUGGCCUGUGCCGGCUCCAAGGCCUCUAAGAGCAUCAAGCAGUCAGACUGCAGCACCUGAUGGUUUCUGGGGUUUUCUGAUUUGUUUUCAAAUGCUUUAAAGAUUCUAAACUGUUUCAGACUAUCUACGUGUUGUAUAUGCUGGAAUCCACAUUCUUUUGAAUAUUCAAUUGUUUUGUUUUAAUAAAGGGCAUAUUAUCAAGUCAGUUUUGUGAUUAUAUUUAUUUCACCCUUCCUUGACUGUAUGUCACAGCUUAUCACAUCCUAUUUGCUCUGGUACUAAUGGUGUGACUGACUUUCUCAUGAAAUGAUGUCCAUUGCAUAGAAAAUAAAUACGUAUAUAAACGAU